AUGACAGACUCAGCUGCAGCAUCAGAGCUUCGUCAUCGCAACAACACGGGUGGCGGUGAUAAGGCGGCUCGUCGCUUGUCCGACAUGUCUGACACUUCCACCGUUGACGGCUGCAAUGUCGAUAUGAACAAGACGUCCCACUUUUCUUAUGGCAAAACACCUGAUGGCAAAGUGUUUCGUGUACCUGCAACGCGUGACAUGGUGACAGGGCUCGUCAAUCCUCGAGAGAAAAAGUCCUUUUUCGACCUCUUGACAUUGGGUACAAUGAUAUUUGAAAUCAGUCUCUUGUUCUUGUUGCCUCGAUGGGCGAGUCAAGUGUUCUUCAUCAUGGUCUUUUUCUUUUGGCGCUUGGGAUACAAUGCUGGAUUGGGUGCCUUGCUCAAGUACCAAAGUGAUAGCCGUGGUCUCGUUCGUCUCGCCAAAAAGUACAAGAUCUUUGACCAAGAAGCGAAUCCCAAGGUGUAUCGAUGGCUAAACAACCAGUUGAGCAUGAAGAUGGGUGACGAUUAUGACUUUGCUACCGCUCCCAUUGAGUACAACACCUGGCUCUUGUAUCGUCAAUUGGUGGACCUCAUCCUCAUGAACGACUUUACAUCCUACAUUUGCGUCGUCAUUGCUUGGUUCAACACAUCCCAUGAAUCAAGCUUCUUUUUGGGUGAUAUGCUUCGUUGGUGUGGAGGUAUCUUUAUGAUCUUAUUCAACAUUUGGGUCAAACUCGAUGCUCAACGUGUGGUCAAGGACUUUGCAUGGUAUUGGGGCGACUUUUUCUUCUUGAUCGAGCAAUCCCUUACUUUUGAUGGUGUAUUCGAGAUGGCACCCCAUCCCAUGUACUCGGUUGGCUAUAUUGGUUACUAUGGCUUGUCGCUUAUCAGUGCAAGCUAUGCCGUGCUCUUUGUCAGCAUUGCAGCUCAUGCUCUUCAAUUUGUGUUCUUGGCCUAUGUUGAAACGCCUCACAUUGAAAAGACGUACAAUCCACCCACACUCCCCAAGCGCCAACCUUCAACCAACGUGCCUGUCAGCUCUGAUAUGGAUGUGCCCGUUGUCAGCAACGCAUUGGAUCAACAAGCUACCCGCGACUUUUAUUCGUCCUACUUCCGCCGUGAUUUGAUUGUAUUCAAGAACUUUGACCUUUGCCGUUCGACUGAUUUGGCAUCUGCAGUCCUUAUGAUUUAUUCGGUUAUCACUCCUUUGAUCAUUGGUGGCAAAAUGGGAACUGCCUUUGCUGUUGCACAGGCUAUCUUUUGGCGUCUCUUCCACACGUAUGGUCUUGGUGCUUUGCUUCAUGCUCAAUCCGAAAGCAAGUGGUUCACAAGACACUUUGUGAAAUGGGGCGGCGGAGUUGAUCAAGCGUUCCAGAAUUGGAAGAGCAUCUACAACUUGUCACUUUCUAUGACCUACAUUACCUUUUCGGUGGCCUGCUGGGAAAUGUAUUCCUUGCCUACCAAUUGGACCUAUGGCACCACGCUAUUGAGACACACUCUUGGCUUUGGAUUCAUCUUUUUGCACAUUUGGACUGCUGUAUCAAUUUACGAGGUGUUGGGUGAUUAUGGAUGGUUUUAUGGUGACUUUUUCUUGGAUGAGCAUCCUGGUCAACUCUUGUACACUGGCAUCUACCGCUUCCUCAACAACCCCGAAAAGAUUGUCGGCCAUGCUGCUUUCUGGGGCAUGACAAUGAUGGCCAACAGCUGGACGAUCUUUGGUCUUGCCUUGUUUUCUCAUAUUUCAAGCUUCAUGUUCUUGCACCAUGUUGAAGCACCUCAUAUGCGAAAACUCUAUGGCAACCAAAUUCGCAAGGAAGCAGGUCUCACCAAGACCCUCAAAUCAGCAGCAGUCGCCUUGCCCCAUGCUAUCCCCGACAAAUUGCAAAAAGAAGUUACCAAGCUUAUCCGUGAAACAUCCGAACUUCAAACAGCUGUCAACACCACCAAGAAUGUCGAGCGCAUUAUUAAGGAAUUGGUUGAAAAGGUUGAAAAGACUGCUGAGGAGACUGCUGAUGCUGUUGGUGAUAUGAUGGAUGCUGCACGCCCCAGACUCCAAGAAGUACUUUCAGAAACCAAGUCCAUGCUUGAGACUUCCCGUUCCCGUUUGAUUCAUCCACUCGUUGCCAAUGACAUUGACACACUCGAUCUCAGCCGUUACAGCGUUACUAUUGAUACCGAUAAGACAUUCAAGCUUGGUGAUGCUAUUCCCGUACGAUGGACCGCCCCUGAGAACCAUAGUGCACGUGACUGGAUUGGUGUAUACAAGAUUACAGCCAACAAGGAUCGUCAUAUUACCAAUAUUAGUUCUCGUGGUCUUUGGGAUUGGGUGGCUGCUACUCCUGCUGGUGAAGAGCCCAAGGUGGUUACUGAAGGCACCGUGGUGUUCAAGGGUUGCAAGUUGCCAUGGCAAACAGGCACCUAUGAGUUCCGAUAUCACCAUGAUGGCAAACACAGCGUCAUGUCACGAUCAGUGCCUUUUGAGAUCACUGCUCCCGAGCGACCAGCGUUACAAGAUAAGGAAGCUGUACAGCGAUGCUUGCUCAAAUUGAUACAACACGUACUUGGUAAUGAUCACGAGCGAAUGCCAGUGACGCCUGUGGAUGAAUACAUUGGCAUGGGUGAAAAGGAAGCCAAGCACGUUGCCUACACAAUCAAGCUCAUGUUUGGUGUUGAAUUUGCUUGGGAAAUCAUUCUUGCCGACAAGUGUGUAGCUCGUCUCACCAAGCGUCUUUAUCAUGCAUUGGAUGCUCUUGCUCCAUUUGCUGUUGAAAAGCCUUCAUUGUCGACAAGUCCCUCAUCGACGGCUUCUUCUACUGCUCCCUCUUCUCCUUCCCUCACUUCCUCUGCCGCCUCUUUCUGUUCUCCUUCUAUGAUGGCCAAGGUUGCUACUACCGAUUAA